GUGUACACAGUAGGACCAGACUACCAGCAUGCAGAGGCUCGCAAGUCUCCAGCUUUAGAUGGGAAGGUGGAGCGGAACUUGGAUGGGAAGGAGAUUCGGUAUCCAGUGCUUUUGACAAGCAGGGAGAAGAUGAUAGCUAGAACUAUUUGCAAAGUGUUCAAGCAAAAUGUGUGUGGCUUUGAUCUGCUGAGAGCCAAUGGCAGGUAUUACGUGUGUGACAUCAACGGGUUCAGUUUCGUCAAGACGUCCAGCAAGUACUACGACGAUUGUGCCAAAAUAUUGGGGACACUGGUAAUGAGGGCUUGCUGCCCCCAGCUCCAUAUACCCUACCCCAUGUGUACAGCCCCAGAGGACAUUCCUGUUGUCCAGACCACUUCCGGCUCCAUGAUGGAGUUGAGGUGUGUGGUUGCCGUUAUCCGGCACGGUGACCGAACUCCUAAGCAAAAGAUGAAGAUGGAAGUGAAAAACAAAAAGUUCUUGGAUCUGUUUGAGAAGUACGGAGGCUACAAGACCGGCCACUUGAAGCUGAAGAAGCCCAAACAAUUGCAGGAAGUGUUGGACAUCGUCAGGCAACUGCUCAGUAAGGCUGACAGCAAAGAUGACCCGGGCAUUGCUGAGAAGAAGGCUAAACUGAACCAGCUGAAACUGGUCUUGGAAAUGUAUGGACAUUUUUCGGGCAUUAAUCGCAAAGUUCAGCUCAAGUACCAGCCUAAAGGUCGACCGAAAAGAUCGUCUAGCGAAGAAGAUGAAGCUCCCAGAGAGCCAUCCUUGCUUCUGAUCUUGAAAUGGGGCGGGGAGCUGACGCCCGCUGGUCGAGCCCAGGCUGAGAACCUCGGCAAGGCAUUUCGAACUUUAUACCCUGGAGGUCAAGGACAGUUUGAAGCACCAGGGCUUGGUUUCCUGCGUCUGCACAGCACUUUCAGACAUGACCUCAAGAUCUAUGCAUCGGACGAAGGAAGAGUUCAGAUGACUGCGGCAGCUUUUACAAAGGGGAUGCUGGCUCUAGAAGGGGAGCUAACCCCGAUUGUUGUCCAGAUGGUCAAGAGUGCCAACACCAACGGGCUGCUAGACGCAGAGUCCAACACUUCCAAGUGCCAGAUUGUUGUGAAAGAAAGAUUAAAGGACAUCUUCAAUCAAGACCAAGAUUUCACACAGGAAGAUUUCCAGAAGCUGGCAGCCACCAACAGCCUGUCCCUGAUCAAUGCCAUGCAGUUUGUCAAGAACCCCUUCCAAAUGUGCAUGCAGGUCCAUGAGAUGAUCAAAGAGUUCACGGCUCGGAUCAGGUGUCUCAAAGUGGAGCUUAAAUCAAGAGACCCCACCUUGUUCAACGGAGAGUCUUGGGAACUUCUUAUACGAAGAUGGGCGAAGCUAGAAAAAGAUUUCAGAUUAAAGAAUGGCCGUUUUGACAUCAGCAAAAUCCCAGACAUUUACGACUGCAUCAAAUACGACCUUCACUACAACCAGAAAACACUGCAGUUUAAGAGGGCACAGGAACUGUUUAUGUGUUCUAAAGCACUGGCAGACAUUAUUAUACCUCAGGAAUAUGGCAUCACGAAAGAAGAAAGAUUGCACAUCGGGCAGAGCUAUUGCAUGCCACUGUUGCGUAAGAUACGUAGUGAUCUUCUGCAGUGUAUGAAUGCUUCCAUGGAUGAGAACACUACAAGGCUUGAUUCCAAGUAUUCCAAUGGUGUCUCCAGCCCAGAGAGAUUUGUGAGAACCCGUCUGUACUUUACCAGUGAAAGUCACAUACAUUCCUUGCUGUCUAUUCUACGCUACGGAGGACUGCUGGAUGAGGAGAAAGAUGAGCAAUGGAAGCAGUCUGUAGACUUUAUAGGAGCUUGUGCUGAGCUGAACUACAUGUCCCAGAUUGUGUUGAUGAUGUUUGAGGAUCCUGCACAGAGUGAAGAUUCCGACGAAAGAUUCCACAUUGAGCUUCACUUUAGUCCUGGGGCGUACACUUCCUGUGAUGAGAUGGCAGCUGAACCGAAGGGUAUGGGAUUCAGGCCAAAGCCAAACAGAGAAACAGUCAGU